AUGAAGAUUGUCGUUCAGGUUAUCAAAUCUGGCAUCGCCCUCCUUUCGCAGGACAAGUCGACAUUUGCCCCUGUACAACGUUAUCAUUUUACAGACAUCAACUGUAUUCAUAUCUAUGUCGAAAUCCAGCUUUUACCAGUCGAGCUGUGCAACAAAAUCAACACCAAUGCCAAGGAUUCAGACAAGCUGAGCUUGACAUUGGUUGUGAUGAACCAUUUAUCCAAUAUGCCCAUGAAUGUACCUUUGGCAAUCACCCCUCAGUAG